AUGUCAUUGGAAGCUAUUAAAUUCGAUAGAAGUGAACCUCGUAAAGUCUCUGUUAAAGUAUUGGAUCAGCUGUUGCUUCCAUAUACUACCAAAUAUAUUCCUGUACAUACCAUUGACGAUGGUUAUAGAGUUAUUAAAAAUAUGCAAGUAAGAGGUGCUCCUGCAAUUGCCAUUGUGGGAUCAUUAUCAAUCUUGACUGAAGUACAAUUUUUGCAACUGGAUUCUCAAAAAUCAACUCAAUGGUUUUACGAUUUGUCCGACUGGUCAAAUGUUAAUUCAAAAUUAUUGCAAAGAAUUGAAUUUUUAUUGAGUAGUAGACCAACUGCUGUUAAUCUAUCAAAUUCUUUGACGGAAAUUCGUGGAAUUCUACAAAAUUCCUCUGAUCUUUCUGACUUUGAUUCAAAAUUGUUCCAAUACGUCUGUACCCUUAUAGAUGACGAUUUGGCUAACAAUAUUACUAUGGGUAACAAUGGUGCCGAAUACCUAUUAGAGUCAUUGGUCCAAGAUGGAUUCCAGGGUGAAUUUGGUGUCUUGACCAUUUGCAACACAGGCUCUCUAGCGACUUCAGGUUAUGGUACCGCCCUAGGUGUCAUUAGAUCAUUAUGGGCUAAAUCCCAAUCGCAGGGAAGUGAAAACCCGCCAUCAAAGAAACAAAAGAAAGAUGCUGCUCCUACUAAGAUGGUUCAGGUAUUUCCACUGGAGACAAGACCUUACAACCAAGGAUCUCGUCUAACCGCUUACGAAUUGGUUCAUGAUGAGAUUCCAGCUACAUUAAUUACAGAUAGUAUGGUUUCUUACAAGAUUAAGACGAGUCCAAUCCCAAUUAAAGCUGCAUUCGUGGGUGCAGACAGAAUCGUUCGCAAUGGUGAUACUGCUAACAAGAUUGGUACGUUUCAACUUGCAAUCGUUUGCAAACAAUUCGGUAUCAAAUUUUUCGUUGUAGCGCCAAAGACUACUAUUGAUAACGUUACCCCCAGUGGUGAUCAAAUUGUUGUUGAAGAACGUAAACCUAGUGAAUUUAGACUAGUCACAGGUACAGCUGUGGAUUAUGUUAACGAAAGUCCGAUUUUAAACGAUUCACAAGAACCUCAAUCUGCUAAAGUCGGCAUUGCACCACCAAAUGUCAAUGUUUGGAACCCAGCCUUUGAUAUUACUCCACAUGAAUUUAUCGAUGGUAUUGUGACCGAAAAAGGUGUCUUUACCAAGGAUGACAAGGGUAAUUUCCAGCUGGAUAAACUAUUCUGA